UUGGUUACAAAGUAAGCAGGAAGCGAAACAGAAACAACAAGUUUGUUGAGAGAUUGUGAAUCAUAAGAAGAGAGAGGGUGUGGGGUCUUUAUGGGACACAUAUAUGUCAUUUCCUUCUUUCUUUGUGUUUUGGAAGAAAUUUUUUUGAUAAAACUUCGGAACAUCUUAUGCUGGAACUUUUUUCUUUGAUAGAAUUUAGGAUGACGUCAUGUUAAAGAGUUUAUGUGAUAUUUUUUGUGAAUUUGAAAUUGCAUGAUUGGUUAUUUCAUAACCUUGGCCCCAUUCAGACCAACACAAGCUAUGUUUUCAGAUAGAACCUUAAUAAUUUUAUCUGUCUAGAUUCAGAAAGAAGUGAGUGCAUUUGAUUUGUGCUGAUUAAGUUUUGGACGCUCUUCUUCUGUUCAACAGAGCAAGGUGGCUUUUUAAAAAAAAAAGUAACUGUGUGUACCCACAAAACAUCAUCGGUGAUGGGAACCAUCAUCUAGAAAACAUUCCGGUGGACAAACAUCUCCCAUUCUUACAUCUUAUCUUCUUCGGUCUAGAGCCACCUCAUGUGGCAACGUUAUGUUGAAUUAAGUGAUACUCCAACAUCUCUUGGGCUGUGAAACUCCAAUAUGAAACAGGAAAAAAAGGGAAAAUUUUCCGACACCAAACAGAAUGUCGAUGGAAAACAACUAAAACAAAAACAAAGUUGCAGUCCAGAUCUACUAUCACUGCUAAAACCAUCGAAAAUGUCGAGAGAUAAUACCCAUACCGAGCUAAGUAAGUCAUAUGAUAAGGUAAAUAUCAAUGAUAGUAAUUACCAGAGAGGGAUUUACCCAGGGGUGUAACGGAUGCGACACCCCCUUUUUUGUGUUCUUCGGUAAAUUUUGCUUUCAUACAUUAAAAAGCAUUUUUGGCUAGUCGGUAUUCACAAAAUGAUGCAAAAAAGUUGCUUUAUUAAUCUCCUUAUCAUCUUUAAUUGAAAGUUAAAAACUAAAUUUCAAAAAUAGACGUUUCCAUUAUUUUCCAGUCACCUGAAGGGUGUGGCAUCAAAGCCCAAUCAGCAUCCAACCCCCCCCCUGAAUCAUUGCCGCUUAAAUCCGUCUCUUGUAAUUAGCCUGGUGCUAUCACAAUGGCAGGCGAAUCUAGAAGAAUGGCAUGCUUUAUUGCUUUAAAAGUCAAGCCGAGGUGUGCCGAAAUAACUUACAACGUAUUUUAGUAUUUUACUAAUGAAAAGUAUUUCACAAUGUUUGACUUUGCUUCGAAAGUAUUUUGCAUACAAAGUUGAAUGGGAAAUUUGCAGUCGGUUUAUGGGAAGUAUAAGCCGGUUAAGAUGGAUUAAGGAAGAUCUCGGAUUGUAUCAUGAAAAAUAUUACAAAAACAGCUUGUUUGCUAUUUAAGGGUCCUUUCCUUUGGCCUGGUAUAUGCGGGAUCUUUUAAAUCUGCUUAAGUUAUGCAUUAGGAAAUAAUACGCAUGCAAGAAAAUUCUUGAUUCUUCCUGAAAAUUUUAUGCGAUAAGUUUCCGCCUAGUAGUACUUGCAACCGGUCACGCAUAUGGCGAGGGAUAUUUUUUUGCACGAUUUUUGAUAAAUAUAUCUGCGAAGAGUUUUGAUUUGAUUAGGAGCCUUCUGUGAGAAUACUGAGCCCUUAGAUGACGAAUAAUUAUAACAUUGUACUGAUCACGUUCAGCUCAUUUCACUGUUCAACUUAAGAAACUGUUCGAAAAUUGUUGUAUUAAAGAUGGAAUAUAGAUGAUUCUUUUAGACGAUUAAAUUGUCUGGUUCAACCGAUAAGGUUAAAGGUAAAAAGAAAGAAAUUCUUGCUAAGUGUUUUGCUUUAAGUGUUCUGUCUCAUUUUACGGUAUAUUACGUUCUUGGCUUCUAAAAAAGGAGCCUUUUAUCUUUAAGAAACUUUUAGUUACAAAAACAACAAAAUUAAGAAAUUGAGUACUUAUCCAGAGCUUAAUUUUGUAAACAAAUGUGCGUAAUUCAGUAAGGCUUGCCGUCACUUAUGCUAGAAACAUAGAACAUGGUUUUAGUAUCACAAAUGGCUGUUAUCUGUAUCAAACGUACACUGAUAUUGUAGGAUCGUACAAUCAAUCUAGAUAUUGUAGGUUUUCGUGAGUGAGCUGCAGUGAGUUUCUGCAGAAGUGGUAACACGUUCUUUAAUUCUGCGCAAGAUACUGUGCCCGGUCUGGGGCCUAAGAAUCAAGAUCUAAACACGAUCUGGACCAUCACUUUUUGUGCGCUCUCAAGCUUCCUUUCUGAAAUGAAUAUCAUUUUAACAUACCUUUUCAGCAAAAUCACAAAUAUUCAGAUCAAGCUGGGUACCUCUUUUAAUUCCGUAAUUUGUUCGUCUAACUGUUGUGGGCAUGGCUUGUCCAUCAUCUUUCACAACCAGGCAUCUUUCAAACUCCCUAUCAAAAUCAAUCAUUCUUUUUCAAAUUUUUGUGAAAUAAUUUUACGAAUAGAAAAAUUGAUUUUUCUUCUGUGGCAUUCCUUGGCAACGGUACGAAUACGGACAGCAUCAAAAACUUUAAAAGGUCCAAGCAUAUUUUGCGCUACAGUUGAAAAAGACCAAUGUAUUGAACUUGAAAUAAUGAUAGUACUGAAAAUUCUGUCUUUUUCUGUCUUUGUUAAUGCCUAACAAGGUAGUGUUAAUUUCGAAAUCCCGUCAACUAUGAAGCAAAUCAACCUUAGGAUACAAAGAACAAAGCUGAAUCGGUUAGUUAGUGAACUUGUAUUGUGUAGUAAGUUACGAUACAAGAAAAGGUAGCUUGUUGUCAGCCUCCUUCUCCAAGUUGAAUCUAAAGUAACGUCUUGUGAAUAAGUGCAAUCAAAAAAGUGAAUAUCUAACAGGAAUAAUUAGACAGAAGAUUACGUCGACAUGAUCUGCAUAAGACAGUAACCAAGUUUACCGUUUCAUUAAAGUUUGUGUAUGCAUAGAUAAGAAUUUCAACGUCUUUUCAAACAUGCAGGGAGAGAUCUCUAUGGAAACAAUGGCGCCAUCUUUGGCAUGCUUCCAGACGGAUUAAAAUCGUAACACUUAACGAUAUAACCUUGCAUAACAACCAUACCAUACAGGCAUUAUCACAAGCAUCGCAGAAAAAACUCUGCAAACUGACACGGACAAAAUCCACGAAUGCAAAAACCUACUUGUUUUAUCUUCAAAAUGCAACUUCAAAAUGUCAACUGUUUUCUUUUCAUUUUACGCUUUAAAGUGCGCUCUCAUUUCUACAAAGUUGCUAUUUGCAGCAUUUUAUCUUUUAAAGAGAUGUCUAAUCAUUGCAAUCUUCUCUUUUCUAUGUUUGCUGACUAAACAUUAAAUGGACACUACACAUCUCCCGCCACCACUAACCAUGGUCCGAUUAAUCUACCAAGCAUCACAAAUAGAAGCCCCAUAAUGUUUCCUCGAUCUCUACAGACAAACAAGCACCUUAGAGCCAUGCAGUUAGAACUUACUGAGAUCCAAAGUUACAUAACCGAGAGAGAAUGCUAUUUAUGCAGGAGCCGGACACUUGGCCACAAAUAUAAAAGAUAGCCAUCGAAGUAGGACUCUGGAGCAACAAUAAGAUUGACGCAUCCACUGAUGGCUGCUUGGCAACACUUUCUGUUUUAUGUAAUAUUUGCAGAUAAGGAGAGGUUGAUGCAAUGCUUUCAUUUAAUGCCAUCGGAACCUGCUAGCAUGGGAAAAGACGAUUGUCCUGCGCAUGUGCAGCUGCGCAUCCGACUGUUUAAGUAAUGUGAGAAACACGAUCAAACAGACUCCAGACUCAAGACUUCUCACAAGCAUGAUCAGCUAACGUGUUUGUCAGAGCUUCGGUACCAAUAUAAGAGCUAUCCAACAAUAUUGCAGUUAACAGAUCAGUUCAAAACACAAAGUCGAUACGGUAUUAAGUUCUGGAGCAAGAGGAAGCAUUCUUACAGAUUUCAAAUGAGCUUGGCGUUUUACUUGAAGUGAAAGAUUACAUGAAAUCAGGUAUGAGAAUAGAUAUCAUGAUUAGAUAUUUCAAAUACUUUAUUAAAAAAAUUAGAUUCAUCUACACUGGGCACUGCGUAGAUCUUUUCUAGAGUAAUUGAAGAGAAUAUGUACCCAAACUUAGACCUUGCAGCGGUAGCAAAAGAUAUUCACAUUCCCCCUUCGAAACUUUUGUAAAUACGAGUGCUAUGUAAGCUGUCUUUUACAGGCAAGAAACAUUACUUUUUGUCUAACAUUGCUAAAGAGGGACUUAAUGUAGUUUGUAUUUUUGCACUUGUUCUUGAAACACAAACUGAAUUGUUCCAGAUCUCUCAAUCAGACGCAAAUUCUUGCAAUAAUUAUGUUACAAUCACAUACACUUAACCUGAGCCAUAAAAAUCCUAAUUUCAUCAUACUGAAAUCGGCGUAUCAAGCAUAUUUCUAAGACUUCGAAAGCAAAAACCUCAAGUCACUUCAAAAAUACAGGAACAAAUUGACAUUAGCCACUCGAAUGUACAGUGCAUCGUCAUCACUGCCUAGCGGGAUUGGCAAACCAAAGGCAAUGAGUAACUAUUGAGGUUCUGGAACAUCUACGCCGUCAUCUCUAAAUACUUCUAAACGUCAACUCGUUGUAAUUUUUAUUUUUUAUUAUUUGUUAAUUUGUUAACUCAGACAAUUUGUAUUUUCAAUAUAUUUUGUGAGCUAAGAAAUAAAUUAAAUUCAGUAUUAAGUCAUAUUUACUGCUAUUGAUAGAACUGUAUAAGAAACAAAAUGGCACAUUGUGACGGAAUCAAGUGUUUCUUUUGUUCAAAGGACUUAAUACAUUUGAUGCCGACAAUUUGGCCACAAGAUCAAGAUGUUUGUUUUGAAUUUGAAUAUGCUUACCACUUUAUUUAGGUCACAAAAUUUUAACCAUUUGCCUAUUCAGGUAGCAAUUUGAAAUAAAAAACAGAAACAAGAGGAUUAAACAUUGGUUUAUCGUGAAUGCAUUUGGUUAACGAAGUGCUUUUAAUAAAGAUAAUUCAUACAUAUUUUAUGUAGUUUUGAUUGACAAAUGACCAAUGAAAUUUUGCAUGGAUCAAUUUGAAUAGAAAAUGUUUUAAAAGAACAGACCGUUGAUUAACAUGACGAAAAUAAAAACUGCUCAAAAAUAAACUCUACUGCAUGCUAACACAUGACAAAAAUGCCUAUCGGUCUUCUUAAUUUAGUAAAUGGUAACUGGUUUGUUAGGGGCCCUCUUUACUUACCGUUACAUCGAGACUCUCUCCAAAUUAAAGGUUACAUAGAAUUAAUAGAUCAAUUUUUUAGGUAUUUCAGUACUACAAACUCAUUUUCUGAAAUUUAUGGACCCCCUUAAUGCAUACAAUUUUCUAGCCCCAGUGCCCACUGGUCCUAAUGAAACAAAUGCUCACUUAACUGGAAUACCAAAAUAUGAAAGCAUGUUCUUUUUGGAACCUUCAGUUUAAAUAUAACUCGGCACUCAGCAAAACCGGAUUAAAGCAAUUGCUGAGACGGGAAGACAAAACACAAAUAAAAAUGGGAGUGCUCCAGUAAAAACAAAGCCAAGUUGGCCGAGAAUGAAUAGCCAAUAAUGUACGAGCAGCUGAUAUCUAUCCUAUUGAGGUGCUAAUCACUUAACCGAGCUGGCUUGUUUCCCGUACAAACGAAAAUCGUAAAAAAAAUUGGGAUGAAUUUCUCCAUAUAAUUAGGCCCUAAGCCUCAUUUACAAGUAUUUAAAGUGUAAAAUGUGUUGGCGAAUAUAAAAGGUCUAAGCGCGAAUGAAAUGCGCGAGAGCACAAAGCCCUGUAUGUUAAACGAUCGGUAUAGCUUAUACUAAUAGGAAAACAUUCGAAAUGAAAACUGCUGAUCUGCCUAUGUACUGCCCUACUUGACACCUCUUAAUGAAUACGCUUAUUACACAUAGGGGCGUAGCUUGCGGGGGGGGGGUGUAGGGAGUGUAAACCCCCCAAAUUCUUCAUUAAUUGGUCGAUCAGUUUGUCUACAAAACCCUUAGUUUGUCGGUAAAAUCAGCUAUAAGUAGGAUAAAUAGUACCGAAAUUCUUCUCAAUCUAUGUCCUCGUCGGUAAAUUUUGCUAUUGAUGACCCUCCGGCCGCCUAGUCUGGAAGGUCAAGCGACGCCACUUAUUACAUAUGAAAAGUAUUGCACAUGUCUAACCAAAACUCGAACAUAUUCAGAUUACUACUGAAUGCUUAUUGUCGAGCCUGAGAUCGUUGCCAGGAAUAUCGACCAGAAACUUUUGAAAGUAAACUUUGAAUGUCAUCUAAUUAGCCUAACGUAGCGUUUGACAGAAUGGGUUUUGUUCCUCACAUUGGGCGGGACAUGUUACUGCGGAUUUCAUUCACGCUUAGACCUUAAAUAUUUGCAAACAAAGUUUACACUUUAAAUACUUGUAAAAGAGGCUUAAACCUUGUAUAUCUGAAAUUUCCGACCGAAAUUUGCAAUUAAAAUUUGAUCAUACAUGUAUGAAGAUACGAAGAUAAUGAUGCCACACAAUGUAUUAAGGUACAAGAUUUACAAAAUAGAGCUUGAACGAUUAUGUUUUUGUAAAUAUCCAAUACGCACAUUAUAAGUUAGAGAAUAACGCCGAUAUGAAUUGUGUAAUAGACAGCAGCAUAGACAGCAGUAACGUAAACAAAUCCGGUUUGCCGUAACCCAUUAGAAUAAAUAGCAACAUUUCAAAUAGCACUUUAACCCAGUCUAAAGAGUGUUGCUGCAAAAUGAUUCUGGGAAUACCCGCAGACUUACUUUAAUGUUAAAUGUCUAAGACAUUAGACUACAAAAAUAAAGCAAUUUUUAGCAUUUUCUUUCUGCCAUUAGUAAACACUCGAUCAGCCUGCGCUUGUUCAAUUUCUUUGUUAAAUAUUAGCACCCAACAUACAUUCGGUGAACCCUGUGCAUUUGUUUAAUUGAUCGAGAGAAACUGGUAGGGAUAUCAACUUUGGAAGAUAUGACUAGACAGGGAUCGUACGAGAGAAGGCGUGAAAAAUGAAUAGGAGAAAAAAGUAGGAGGAACAAUUUAUGCGUACAUCAAAGGACUGGGUAAUCUCUACGAAUGAAGAGCAAACAUGAAAAUGGGAAUCUUCGUGUAAAGUAGAAGAAUAGCAAAAUCAGCUUUAGAGUUGAAAUGCUUUUUGUCCCGUUCGUUGCCUCUAUUGCUGAAAGAAACAGGCACAAAGAAAAGGACGAAGAUCAAAAAAAUAAAACGAUAAAAGAAAGGGAAGAUAAAUGGGCUUUUUCAUUUCAUUAAUUGAAUUAAAAGGCUUGACAGGAAAGCAAUUAUUAUUGAUAAACAUUCAAUGAAACUAUCAAAAUGAUGCUUCACUUUUUUGGCUUUCCAGCUGUCUUGAAGAAAUGAAACUGCAUGAGUGGCUCGAAAAUGCAUGCAGGGGCUGUGCACAUCUCAAUUCUAAUUAGGCUAUCUGCAUAAUAUUGAGAUUAUGAUCGCAACGCACUCUCUUGAUCAAGCUUGAUGAUAGAUUAAGACGGCAGGGUUGUAAAAAUAAUUAGUCAAAUAAAUCUGUUUACGAAGUUUAGCAUAUGGUAAGCAUAAGACAAUUAGGCUGCUCAACGCAAUUGACAAAUGCACGACCGCAUUUGGCAAAGUUGCUGAAGAAACAAUUGCAGGUAAAUUUUGAUGAUGAAUCUGGCGCACCACGUAAUUUGAAUAGGAACGGGUUGGAAAACCUAUCCAAUUUAAUUAGCUGAGGUUCAUCCUUAGCUACUAACGAUGCUGACGAUGUUGUAAAAUGCGAAAUGUAUGCCUUGUUUCGUUAGAUUUUUGGCACAUCCAAUUGAAAUGAAUGUUCUUCCAAUGUAUAAUUCAAUAGAAACUGGCGCUCAGAUAUAAAACAUCUUGAAAGACAAUCUCUGUUUAGCAGCUCUGCUGUAACCCAUAUAUUACGUGUUAUGGAAUCUUUACUCAUAAUAGACCAGGCGGAGAAUAGGGGAAUGGUCACUCGAGGGCGAAAUUUAUGGGACCAAGUGCUUUUGGUCAAUUCAAGGGUGCUGAUUUUGAAAAUUGAUGUUAUACGGGGAUUUUUGGGGGCCAUCAGCCUCUUUUUUUAUGUUUGAAGUCUCGUUUUUGCGUAUAUGACAGUAAUCAAUGAAAAAACAGUUUAAAUGGGAAAAAGUUAAAGUCUUAAAGUUAAUUAAGCACAUUUCUUGCGCAUAAAUGCUUAAAAUUGAAUUAUGGUCUGUUAAGGGGCGCAAAAAAUCCUCGUUUACACAAGAAAAUUACGUAAUCUUAAAUUUUUUAUUCUUAAAUAGAAAUCUAAAAGCAUUUUUUGUUGAGACUAAUUCUUUAAUUGUCGUCCGAAUGAACUAUGUAGAUCGUCUUCUUAGUCACUGCACACGAAACUCUGAGCAUAAGCUCUUUUUCACUCUGACAAUAGAAUCCUUAUUCACCCCAACCAUUAUCUAUCUACUAGGAAGCCCAACUGAAGCACCAAACCAUCUUGAAAAUCAUAGAGAUUUAGUUUGCAUGCAGAAUAUAAAGCCUUGUGUUUUCUUCACAUGGUGGCAGAAGACUGAGAUUUAUGAUCUCUUAAUGUCUUUCGAACUUCUGUACAAGCAAUGCGUUUCAGAGAAGAUUCACUCAAGAUGUGCUUUGAUUUCUAUGAAAUACAAGACCAAGUGUAACUAGAAACAUAGUUAUAGCAAGAAAAAGCAUGCAGGCCAAGAAAUGCUUUCUUUUUCUAGAACUCAUGAUACCAUGUCUAUUAUCUUCCUUUGUUUUCAAGUACAAUGAGAAUCUAUGAGAAUCUUCGUUCCACCCAAUUCGUGGAAUAAGAAUAUUGUUUGAAUGUUUUUGAGAACUUCAACAUAAUCCUCUGUAGCUUUUGUACACUGAAAUUUGUUUGAAAUGAUCAUUGGCCUGCUAAAGAGUUGACUACGAUCCUUUAUAAUUGCAAGCUGAAAAGGAUAUGAAAGCUGUUGAAGUCAUAUAGCACCUUGAUGUCGGGACUCGUUAAGGUUUAUAGCUAACUUCACCGUUCUCAAUUUUUUCACAAUCCUUUAUAUGCUGUUAUCCUUGUAUUUGUCAAAGACAACCACACUGGUCUGGAAUGGUAGCAGUACAGGUAUUUCGGUGUCCAUUUGUCUCUUGGUAUAUGUUUGCAUUUAGCUGCAGCAAGGUCCAAGUCGUACCUGUUCAAUUUCUCCGCAGGUGCUAGUUGAUCGGAGCUAAUGAGGGUCACUUAUGGCAGUUUCAUGCAAUUUAUCUUUAACAGUCCUUCUGAUGGCACCAUCUGCUAUGCUGGGAGAAAUUGACGUAGUUGCAAGUGGAUACGAUAAAGUUGUCUCGAGAUCUACACCUGCAUCGUGCUUGUUCGAGUGCACAACUAUAACGCCAAGAAGGUCUCUCUUAAAGCUCUUUUUUAUUCUGUUAAUGUUCAGCUUAUUUUCACUAACGAAUCCUUGAAGCUUGCAACGACUUUGUUUUCAGUUUUUUUUCAAUAGAAAGUAAGUAUUUUCGGGAGUAAUGUCAGUUGGUAAAUCCCGCCAACACUGUCAGGUGUACCCCAGCUCAUUUGAAAGAUUUUUCUGAAAGGGGUGAUCUUUUCCUCAAACCUAGGACAGGUAAACUUGGAAAAGGGGUACUUUUUGAAUCUGCAAAAAAAUCACUGAAAUAAGGUGCUUUUUACAACCAACCUAGGCCAUGUAUCUGAAAGAUUUUUAGCAAAAGUAUCACCUCAAUUUGAUUCAAUACAACAUUUGCAAGAUAAGGUUUUUUGUGUAUAAAGGUCAUUUGCAACUUAUAAUAGUAAUGUUGGUCGUUUUGUUAUACAAUGUGUUCCUUUUUCACUUAUCGCCAUUCUAGACAAACCUAUAAACCUAUAAAAACAAGAAUCAUUCAAACUUCAGUAUUCUCCAAUAAGUACAGUUUUAGCCAAAAUAGUGUAACAAAAUUAUAAUGUAGCAGAGCAGGAACUCCUGUUCACUUUCUUCUUUUGUACAAAAUUCAUUAUCAUUUAGUUCAUUAUCAUUGUAUCUCCGUAAAAAGGGUAUAGGGAGUUCCCAUAGAAGUCAGAGGAAAGGGGUCUUUCUUUAUCUCUCGGAUGGGCAUGGGUACACAACUGAUUGAGAGUGGACAAGCCGGGAAUGACUAAGCGAGAUUUGUCAUGAAUUUUAAAAAAAUCAAUGCACAUCUUGAGCGAAUCUUCUCUGAACAUAUUGCUUGUACAGAAGUUCGAAAGACAUUAAGAGAUCAUAAAUCUCAGUCUUCUGCCACCAUGUGAAGAAAACACAAGGCUUUAUAUGCUGCAUACAAACUAAAUCUCUAUGAUUUUCAAGAUGGUUUGAUGCUUCAGUUGGGCUUCCUUGUAGAUAGAUCAUGGUUGGGGCGAAUGAAGAUUCUAUUGUCAGAUUCUUCGGAUCAAUUUUAAAGCAACAACCAUUUAAAUAUUCGUUAUAACCUGUUUCCUCGAAUUUCAAAGGAGAGCACAUGCGAUAUUUCGAUUGCAUUUUCUUAUUGCUAUUGUUAACAAAUUCUACGCACAGACCUAGUCACGAUAACAAAGUUUAACUCAUCAUCAACAUUCAACAAUUGUAAUGCGUGACUGUUGAGUAGAUUCACACAUUGUUUAGCGAGAUUCAGUGACAUUUUGCAUAAUUGACAAAUUGCAAAUAUUUUCAGCGAGUCGACGCCAUAUUUUUCAUUCUUUUGCCUAAUUGGGAGUUGAUCGAAAGCCUCUUUCAAAAAAGCUGCAUGAGCUCGAUAAGAUUAUUUCAACCAUCUUCAGUUUUAGGAGAUUGUCAAAGUCUCACAACCUGUCAAGCCUUAUCUUGUUCCUCUUCAAAUUUUCCACGUCUUCCAAUAACUAUAUCAAACAAAACAAUUGUAGCUUUUCGUUUUGCCAAUUGCAGUCGAAUUCAUCGAAUAUAUUCUUCAGCAGAGAUCUUAACGAUUUCUCUGCAGCUGUCUUGAGAAGAAUACGUCAAAAAUGACGAAUUUUAGUUAAAACUGUCUCUGUCAGGAUGGGCCUGGAUAUCUGUGCUGAGCGAUGAUCACUCACAUAUCUCUCUUUAACAGAUAUUGGCACAAAAUGUUUCGUUGCUCGACAAAUGUCAAGCUCUGUCGAGUGAAGUCCUGCUUACGUUUAAACAGGGCUUAGGACUAUAUAAGCUCCUAAUUCUUUCAAAACGACAUGAUACCGUCUGAAAUUUUAAGUGCAUCUGGAAAGUUCUGACAGCAAAAUGUUCUUUAUAUGCUUUAUUUGGAUACACUUUAUGUGUAUAUGUUGACAGGAAUUCUACUCAAUGGUUAUUUGAGAAUGCCUUUGAAUACUAGAUUUUCUCUAGUCAUAUUACUACCGAUUCUGUUGAGAAGAAUCCUAUUCCGUUACAUAUUCAAAAAAGCCCUCCAGACAUUCAUCUUUCUUUGUAUAAAUCUAAUUCACAGUGGAAAAUCAAUCAAGCACAGACUCUCUCUAAGUACCAUGUCCUGUGAGGACGUAGAUGGUUCUCCAUAACUUUCUAUCCCUUGAUAUUUUCAACAAUGCUUGCUCCAAUACCUUUGCUCUCUCUUUCUGGCAGUUGAUAUGACAUCCAUUUGCUUACACUUCUUAAAUAGGUCAUCCGUUGCCUGCCCCUGCUCCAUUUUACUUCGAUUCUUCCUUGUUUAUUGUCAAGUUGGACCUUCCUUUCGCAUUAUGUGCCCAAGGAACUCGAGCUGUCUCUUCCUCAUUGUUUUUAUUAAGUUUCUUUCUCUCUCUGCUUUUCUUAAUACCUCCUAAAUUGUUACAUGAUCUGUUCAAGAUAUUCUAAACAUUCGCCUUAGGAACCAUAUUUCUACGCCUUCUAGUCUUCCUUCCAUCUGCUUUGAAAUUGUCCAACACUCACUGCCAUAUGUAAGGAUGGGAUAUACAUAACUCUCAGACUUAUAGUUGCAGCCAUUCUAGCAACUGAAGCAUCUUCAAACACAAAGUUGAAUAAUGUUCUUAUAUCAUAAAGGCGUAGAUUACCUGUUUAAAAUUCAUGGUUUGGCAUCUCCAAAACAAAAUGGGAUUCGCCUGUGUUGUUUUCAUGAAGCUGUGCAGAAAAAGCUGAGAAGAAUAGUAAGAAAAAUGGGCGCAUGUAACCCGAGGACCACUGGUUCCAAAAAUUAAAGCGCAAUAGCAGAGGUAGUUCCACCCAGAAGUUAAGGUAAUGGUCUUUAUUUGGAAUUUGGAGAGGCGGAUUGCAAUCGUAAACGUUGAGAGACUGGUUGAGACAAAUCCUUCUUAAAAGGGGAAAGGGGAGUGGGAAAUGAUGUGUGCAAGUCAAUCAAACAUCAUUGUAUUUUGUCUAUCUGCAAUAUUAUUCUCUGGCCAAGAGGAGAGCAGCUGAUGAUACAACUUUUGAGGCAAUUUUAAGCAUUUCCAGUUUUAAAUUAUGCCCACAAGUCGGCAAGAAAAACAGAUAAAUUUGUAAGCUUAAGUAAUUUGGACAUUACAUCUACGAGAUUCAUUCUUGGUACCUCUAGUUAUAAUGGUGAGAUAAAAAUCUCGUUACCUGAUUUAUUUGAAUAUUCAAAGUUUGAAUAAUAUCUGAUUAUUCAUACUUUGAUCUUUAAUUUAGUUUGUAGAGAUUUUGAAGCAGAGUUCUUGUUAACGAUGAUAGGAGUCGUUAAAAGGAGGAAUGAUUUGAAACGACAUCAUAAGAGGUUUUUCAAUAAUUUAAUGAAAACAUGAAUGCGUCGGUAGAUGACUGAAUGGUACAGAGAGAUAAGAGCAGGUAAACAGAUACAUUUGAAUGACCUGGGUAAGUGUGAACCAAUCAUAUGAAAGAAGUGACUAAGCGAGCCAAUCCCAUUAAAGCUUGAAAAUAAUUGAACCAAUCACAUCAAUGCAUCGUGCGUCACACCAAAGUGACCAUACAAUCAAUUGAAAUAGUUUUUACAAAUAACAUUAGCACAUUUGCACGGUGCCUUAAUAUGCAUCAGAAUAACCAAUAUUUCAUUAUACUGCAACAUGAAUCCUAAAACAUUGUAAAACUUAUUGAAGAUAAGAAAAUAAAGAUCUAUUGGAAUGAAAUUUCGUAAAUACCUCAUAUCAUUUUUCAUAUUGCUGGGGCGUUACUGUUCUUUAUCAUCCAUUUUGGCACUGGCGCAGCUGUCGAAACCCAAAAUACUCAAACUCAUAAUCAAUUAACAAACGGCAUCAAGGUUCCGAUUGAUAAACUUUUCUAGAUUUACUUCUAAAUUCAGAAAGCUUUGUAAAGAAUCCAUACGUAUUGGUACAAGUAAUUUUCUUGGUUCAUCCAUCAAGAAAUCAAAAAAGAUUCAAUAUCAAACAAUAUCAAUCAAACAUUUAGAAAUAAGACUUCAAGAUGUUAUUAAGAUUUGGCUCUUGCAGAUUUAUAAUCUGUCUAAAUCUUUAUUAUUCUCUACAUAGUCGGCUUUCAAAUCGUUAAUUUUUUGGAUAUCAAACUUCUAUGCAAAGAUUAGAAAACAUUCAGACAGAAUUAUGCCAUGAAAAGAACUUAGAUGAAAGCAACUUGUUUUUAAUAUUACGUUAACCUAUGGAAAACAUGUAUCAACGCUUCUUCGAUAUAAAUAGUUGAAAUAGGGAAUGGUUUUGUCACUAAUCUAGCAAAACAGAUGGAUCACUCCAGUGCUGAUAAACUUUCUUUACAGUCCGAUACAGCCUAACCAUAUUAACGUCAGAAAUAUUUUUAAUUUGCAGACAAAACAUCUGCCCGGAACAAGUGCGUGGUCAGAAUUGUGCGAAUUCAAUUUAUAUUUUGCGCAAGCUAUAUUGGCGUCUAAUUUCAAAUUAAUUCUCUCUAUUUCAUUGAUUGAAAUUAUUUGAGUUUUCGUUGUUUAUCCAUAGAACGAAACAUUAAACAACAAAAAAUUAGCGUCAUAAAAACUGACAAAGUUCGAGAAAAAAUUGCAAGCAGCGGAUAUUCGUAGUCAUCAGGGAAUACUCGUAGUCAUUAGCGAAUGCUCGUGGUCACCCUGUUUACCUGUCGCUAGCACUAGCGUCACCUUACGUCGACUUUAUUCUAGUGCGUUUUUCGCUGUAGUACAAUUAAGGUGGAAAGGACUGAAAAGCGUUGGCGUAUUAAAUCAAGAGUUUUUACUUUGAUCUCCCAAAAUCUCGAUCAUAUGUAGGUUUUUCGUUAGGUCAAGCCUUUUUUCCCUGGAAAUGCAGUGACGUACUAAAGGUAUUUGUAACCUAACGAAGGUUGUAUUGCUCAAACGUCCAGAGAACGCAAUUAUAGAAAUAGAUCUUCAGCUACGAACAAAAAGAUUUAAAAAAGGACCGGGUAGAAUACUUUUGCACUGCUCAGGCAGACAAUCCGCUCAGGCCAACCAAAACUAUCCAAGAAUGAGGCUUCACCUCUUUUAAGGCAUUACAACCCUUUUCAUUCUAUUUCGACCCAAAACUUGGUAUAUAUUGCUUUCUCAACCCUUAUCCUGACGUUUUAUACUCUGAAGAGCGUCAGACGAAAAGUCAUUUUGUAAAAUGUUUGCUUUUUCAAAGCCUUUUCAUUCUUUAUAUGAAAAUUAGUCUUAGUAUCUCAAAAAAUAAGUCUGUCUGAUAAUAAGGUUUAACCAGUGGAAGGCUCUCUCAAUUUAAGGACUUGUUGUGCGCGCCCAAUCAUAUUCAGCGAAAGUCAGAGAAAAUAUCACGCUUUAUGAUGAUAUCACAUUGUUGCUAAGCAACAGAUGAACGGUCAGCUGCUGCCUCACAACGACAACCACAGUCACUUUUAGAUCACAUCGGCCGUUCGACCCACGCAAAGCCAGCUGAUAUUUGCUCAUGCUUAAAAGACGAAAUCAGUCUUUCAAUGUGCUCUUCUGGAUAAAAUCUAGCGAAAACGUUCUCAUAAAACUCGACAAAUUCAGAAAGCAGGAAGGAGCCGGGCAAAGAUAACAAAUGAAUGAAUUAGAAGUUUUUGACAGAACUGAAGCAGAAAAAGAGAUUUACAAACAAGUUUCUAAAUCAAUUCACUUUGAGGAGCGCUGGAUUAAAAGUGGUUCUGGAAUUUUUUGACGUUGCCGUGGCAAAGAACUUGCAAGAAGCGUAUGAGUGGUUUGCAAGAGAUAAACAGUUCUGAAGUUAGAUGCUAUGGCGACAAGUGCCAUGGCGACUGGUGCCUUGGAGAUGGGCGUCAACACUACUCUACGUACCCUGUUAUCUUCAAUUAGCACUCAGAAUAUUACGCCAUUUGCAACAUCAACAACACCACUGCAAGAUCAGCAGAGUAAGAACACGAGUGUUUCAGCUCUGACACGAAUGCAGAUCAUUCUUUACAUACUGAUGGCAUUUGUGGGCGCGGUUGGCAAUGCUUUGACCAUCGCUGUGCUGUUGAAGCCAAAAUUUAGAAAAAGAAAAAGCUCAAUUCUACUUCUAAACCUUGCAAUUUGCGAUGUCUUGAUAGCAGCCAUGUGCAUUCCGCUCGACGUAGUGUACUUCAUUAACGGCAAAUGGAUUUACGGCAAAGGACUCUGUUACGUCAUUUCGCCUUUUCAGACUAGCAUGCCAAUUGUGUCUAGCUGGACCUUCAUGUUUAUGAUGCUAGAACGCAAUUCACUCUUCACGAAAAGCUUACGAAGACAAAUGAAGCGCAAAUCAGUGCGGAUACUCGCAAUAUCGACAUGGAUAGUUCCAGUGGCAUUAGUUAUACCAUACAGCGUUCGUCUACAAUUUUCAUCCGAAAAGGGGAUCCAAAGCUGCUCUGAAGAAUGGGACAGCGAAGUCGGCAGGAAACUGUACACAGUUAUUCUGUCAGUGUUUGAAUUUCUUAUCCCGAUGCUGAUUAUAAUUGCAUUUGUAAUUCGCAUUUGCAUCAACCUUUCGCUUCAGUCCAAAAAGCUACGGAACAAUUCGCUCGGUUUGAACAAAGAAAAACGUAAGUCCCGUUUACGACAAAAUCGAAAUAUUACAAUGAUGUUUAUAGUCAUGGUUGCUCUUUACGCCAUUUUGAAAUUGCCAAACAACAUAUUUUGGCAGUGGAAUGAGUUCGGUGGCAGCAAGGAUACACAGAAGAAGCAUUUGAUCUGGACGUUUGUGUCACUGGCCGCCUAUUCUACAUCGAUGGUAAACCCUAUUGUAGUGGCUGCAAUGUCAAGUGAAUUCAGAAAAGAGUUUUACAUAAUUUUGCGAUGUAGAAUCUUUACAGGCAUUGAGACGGCUUGUUUGGCAUUCCGCAGGGCAGGCAGCGACUCAAGAGGAUCCACAGAAAUAGAAUCAUCGCACGCCUCGUUAAAUCAUCCAUAUAAAAUUGUCAGGAUUGAGAUGCGAGAUUUAGUGACGACAUCAGAGGCACAAGCCUUCAAAGAGCUAAAAUUGGCGACUAAAACUAAGAAAAACCAUCUCGUUGACACGGACACGUCUCUUUUCCAAAAUAUCGGAGAUGAGUGAGACAUUUUUAAGUGUGACGUCACAAGGACUUCCUUCAUACCAGUUGAUACAAAAGUUGUUUAUUCAGGCAAAGUCAGUGUGGUUGCCAAAUCAUCUUGUCAAUCAAAAGAAACCGAACUUCAAAAUGAAGGACCAACUGACUUUGUUUUGUCCCAGUUACAACCAUACUUAAAACUGAUACCCUGAACUAGGUCCCGGAGGAAAAGAACAUAAACUGAACUGAUUCGUUCUUCAUUUAGGUUUGGUACACUGUUACACAACGAUGUAACUAGCCGUUUGAACAGCUAGCUGUAAUUAGCUUUGCGUCGCAUUUCACGAGGUUGAUUUUGUAUUUUAAAAAGGCGUUGUGAGAAUGUUAUUUUGCAUUAUUUAGUCGUACCAAAGUUUUUGUUGAAAGUAGCUUAUAUACUGUUGAUUUGAAGGGUAAUAAAUAACAAAGUUUGCGAAACAUAAAGAAAUAUUUCAUUGUUGGUAAUCUUUUAUUUUAUGCUUACAUUUGACAAAGUUUUAAAUGCUGGUUGGGUUACGCUUCUAAUCUUAAGCAAGUCUUUCAAAAAAUGAAAUCCAUCAAGGUUGAAAAUUGAAAAGCGGUGGAAAGAAACCUUACACUAGACACCGUUUGUUGUAUUUUGCAAUCUCUCAGGAAAAAAGAGACUUAAAUAUCAAAAUAUAAAAAAGCGAUUAAACAUGGAGGCCUCUUUGAAUUGGCAAAGUAUGAAACAAUUCCAAUGUUCACAUUCUCGAUUUAUUUGCAUUCGAAGUAUUUCUUUUACAUUUUAUGAAAUUAUUAACAGCACAGUAACAACAAAACAUGAAAAUUUUAUGAAAUUGACAUCAGUUGAUCAUCGACUUGAGCCGAAGAAUGUGAACUUCUUUUGCGAUUUAGAUAGAGAUACGACCAAUAUAACCAAAACAGUCUUUCAUAAGGCUCGCUCAACCCAAAUUUAUGAAUCCUAGAGGCCUAAUUUUAAGUAAAAAAGGAGGCUAUUAUUCAAAUUGGUUUAUUUUAAGAAAAGGGCUUUAUCGUUCAAACAAGUUCGAUUAAGCCAACAAAAUUUGUUCAGACUGUGGUUUACGCAACACAAAGUAUAAACUCCACUUUUUCUCAUCCCAUUUUCCUUAAUAAACACGAUAAAACGUUUAGAUGGUUUUGAUAUCGGUCUAUGUAAAUUUGCCUAACAAGAUCUGCACUCAAACUUCACCAGGUGAUCAACCCACAGAUUGUGUAAAGAAAAACCACUCCCACUGAAAGAUGGGUUCAUUGACGCUCCGUAUUAUCACGAUUAUUGUAAUUGGGACUGGGUAAUUCCUCUUGUUCAAGCUCUUUGGUUUCUACACUUUGAUUAACUGCAGGAGAUAGAAUAGAGUAAAAAGAAGGACACUAGUUCCUGGUGACAUAGGGGCUUUCACACAUUCUUCAAAAUUAUGGAUUUAGCGGCUAGAAUAGGAAUUAGUGCUGAAAAAUCAAUUCUGAUUUCUGUUAGCAAAAAAAUUAAUUUAUCCUUCCUUUCUGGCGUCGAUUUAAGAAGUUAGAUAAUCCUUGCAAAGAUUUUGCCCUAUAAGUCAGCUGUUUUUCUGCGAACCUGUUCUGCGUUAGGGAGCUGCCAGGGUUGUUGAGUCCCUUUUAAACAAUUUAACCCUUUGCCAAGCAAUUUAACUUGCAUAACUAAUUAUUCUAGCGAUAAAUCGUCCAAAUGGUGGAUAGUACUAGGUAAGAAAUAGCAAGAAAAUAGAAAGGAUUGAGAUUGAUAGCAGGGACAGUUUUGGUUAAAUUUAAGAAGACUAUUAUCAUUUUCAGGUAGCAUGAAAGAGUUUCGUGUCCACCCGAGCCGUCAAAAUAGAUUUUGUUGUGAGUGUAUGAAUGUAAAAAGUAUGCACAAUUGCAAAUGAUGUAAAUCAAGGCAAACCUUUAAGAUUUAGCCAAAACUUGAAAUAUGAAAAAACAGAAUUCGUUAUAUUUUCAUCUCUGUGGCCUAAAUUUGGUUGGCGAACUCUGGCACAUACUAGAAAGUAGAAUUAACAACAGUUGCAGGAAAAAUAGAACAUAUAAUAAAUGCUACAAACUUACUUUGCCACGUCGUCUUUAUUGUUUCGUUAAUUUCAAGCUGGUCAUAUCUUUCAAGCAACCUCAACCUAAUUGGCCUAAUUCUGCGAGGAAUAUACUCCCCUUCGCUCACGUGGCAUUACGCUAGAGAGACUUCGCGCCAAUAAGAAUGGAGCCGAGACCCCCUGCUCCCCGCUACCGUGGGAUAAAAACCGGAAAUGCAUAUGCUGGCUUCAGUUAAAUAAAAAUUACGAGACUGAUAUUGGAAGUUAUAACCUUUGAUUCAUUUUUUAGAUAGUAUUUUCAACACCAUAUUAACAACACCGUUUAAGACAACCAAAUUCAGCAAUACAUUCCAACGCAAUGAAAUGGAAUGUAACUUUUAGGAAAGGGUAUUUUGUGUCUUUAAAAAAAGAUUUGCAAAGCAGAGGAAAAAAUAUUGAAAAUGAGUAAUAGUCGUGAACUAAAGUCUUUAUCUGCAUAGACGUGAACUAAAGGCAUCUGUGUACGAAUCACGUUUCUUUGUCUUUUAUUCAAAACAUCUUGAAAAAGACCUGUUAUCAACCAUAUAUGAGUAUACGGUACAGAGCUUACUAUUGGGGCUGAUUUUGGUAUCAAUUUCCUAUAAAAGAAUAUAUCCCUAUGCACGUAUUGCACUAGAAAGUUGAUAUUAACAUUCAAGACAAAAAUAAGCAGCAAAAAUGUGCUUACAUUAUUCAUUAUCGUGAAUUUCUAUUCUUAGCAUUUGCAGUGGAAUGAAUUGGUUGUGUGUUUCAUAGAAUGCAUUAGGAUUAUGAUAUGUUUUUGUUGAAGAAAAAGCUAGAUAAAGGGGGAAAGACCGACAGUUUAAAGAGAAAAGACAAGGAAGAGGCGAUAGUUAAAAGGCACAAAGUAACAAAAAUUCAAGCACACGUGAAAACUGAUCAAGGCGUAUUGCUUUAUAGUUUCAGGCAAUGGCGGACAGUUGAAAUCAUUUUUGAUGGGAACUCGAUCGUAAUCGACAAGGUAACAAUAGAAUAACAAUAAACGAUUGAUUUUUUGAGGAAUUCGCAUCAGACAUUUUUAAUGAAGGUACAUUUUAAUGACAGACAAAUAAAUAAAGUUAGCAACAACGGACUGUUCCUUACAACGUUGAGGUUAAAAUAGCUUU